AUGGGUUCAGGGUACACAAAGAUACAUGCAUGUAUCAACAACUGCAUUCUUUAUUGGAAUGAGUACAAGGAUGAAAAAGUGUGUCCUACUUGUAAAGCACCCAGAUGGAAAGUUGACAGGGAUGGUAAAGUUUACGAGAAUGUUCCAGCAAAGGUAUUGUGGUACUUCGACAUCAUCCCAAGAUUUCAGCGGCUGUUUCAAUCGAAGCACACAGCAAAAGAUUUGAUAUGGCACGAUACCACUAGAAACAAAGACGGUGUUUUACGUCAUCCGGCAGACUCACAUGCUUGGAGAGAGAUAGAUAACAAUUUCCCAGAAAUUAAAGGUGAUCCAAGAAAUCUGCGGUUAGCUGUUUCGGCUGAUGGAGUUGAUGUAAACACAGGCACCAAACAUCACAGUGGAAAGAGAACAUGGGAUGCAUAUGCCCAAGAAAUGUUUACUCUACGUGCAGUUGUUUUGUGGACGAUAAACGAUUAUCCUGCUCUUGGUACACUAUGUGGUUGUCGCUACGCUGGAUAUCAUGGUUGUGUGGUGUGUCGUAAAAAAACGCACAGUAUUAGGCUUCAUGACUCAAACAAGAAUGUUUAUGUUGGUUAUAGAAGAUUUUUACCCUAUGAGCAUCCGUUCAGAAGGCAGAAGGGGGCAUUUGGCGGAAAACAAGAGUGGGAGACUGCUCCAGAACCAAUGACCGGGGAAGAAAUAUAUGAGGAGAAUGUGGGACAAAGUCUUGUUGGAACGUUGCUGCACAACGGGAAUACAAAAGAUGGAUUAAACGCCAGAAAGGAUUUGGUGCGUUUGGGGUUAAAAUCGGAGUUACACCCUAAGACAGAUGACAAAGGAACGAUACUUCCCGCAGCAUGUUAUACAUUAACUACGGAAGAAAAAGACAUAUUCUUGGAGACACUAUCCGAGUUAAGAGUUCCAGAAGGAUCAAUAUCUGCCAAAGAAAUCAUGGUGGAAGAGCUAGAUAAAUUGCAAGAGGAUCUCUGUGUGACGUUAUGCUUACUAGAGAAGGAAGUGAAGUUAUGCGGUCCGGUUUGCUUUCGAUGGAUGUAUCCUUUCGAAAGGUGUAUGAAGGUUAUAAAGGGGCAUGUGCGAAACAAGAAUCAACCUUGUGGAUGCAUUGCCGAAGAGAAUGUUGCAGAAGAGACGAUUGAGAUAUAUUGUGAGUACCAUAAAAGCAUCAGGACAAUUGGUAUUCCACUAGAUAGGCAUAAUACAUCUCAGGAGGGAGAACCGUUAUCAGCUGAAGAGCCGUGUAUAGUUACCCCUGAACAGUUGAGACAAGCACAUUUCUAUGUAAUGCAGAACACGCCUGAAAUUGAGCCUUACAUAGACCGACACAAGCUAUAUUUGGAAACUAACUAUUCUACUAAAAAGCGAGCAUGGCUAGAGAAAGAGCACUCUAACACUUUUGGCGCUUGGUUAAAAAAUGAGGUUGAAAAAGAGUUGGCAGACGACAGAGAAAGUAUCUCAGAGAACUUAAGAUGGAUAUCACACGGCCCGCACUACGAGGUAACGAAAUACACUGUAUAUCGCAUCAAUGGAUAUCUAUUCCGCACAAGAUCCCGUGAUGGUAGAAUUCACCAGAAUAGUGGGGUUAGCGUUGCAGCAAAUGACAUGCACAUAUCUAGAGAUGAUGAUGUUACAUAUGGUAAAGCCUCUUAUUAUGGUGUCUUGCAAGAGAUAUGGGAGUUAGAUUACUGUGAAAGAAAAGUUCAUCUGUUCAAGUGCAAUUGGGUUGAUAAUAAACGUGGGGUCAAAAGAGAUGCUCUUGGCUACAAGAUUGUUGACCUUACUAUGUUGGGAUACAAAAAUGAUCCUUUUAUUUUAGCCUCACAAGCUAAGCAGAUCCACAAGACUUGGGUAAAGAAUCCCGAAAUGAUUACUUCCGAACUGACUGCCGAGGUUUACUUAUACGCAAGCCAAAAUGACACACUCCCGCAGGUUCGUUGUGGCUAUUCAACACUCUACAUUGUCCCUGAGCUUUGA